AUGGAUUUGAUUACCGAUGUUCUCCGCAUGAAUGAAGGGAUUGGCGAAAAUAGUUAUGCAAACAACUCAUUGCUCCAGGAGUUCCUGGUUCAUUCUACCAGAGGCUUUUCCCUUCCGAAAGUCUUCAUUUCGUUCACUCAUCUUAUAGCCUUCAAUGGUUGUCCAAGGUGUUACAUGCUAACCCUAGUUUAUUCUCCCCCGUCUCUACAUGCUAACCCUAGCAUGUUCAAGCAAUUUAAGGACGAUUUUUUGGCUUUUCUAAGCUGUCGUGCCGAAGAAUUGGUAACAGAUGGCCGCAUGGUUCUAACAAUGUUGGGAAGAAUAAGUGAAGAUCCUUGUAGCAAAGAUAGCUGCUACAUUUGGGAACUUUUAGCUGUGGCUCUCAGAGAUAUGGUUCCUGAGGGUCUCAUAGAAGCAGACAAAUUAGAUUCAUUCAAUAUACCGAAUUAUACACCCUCCCUGGCACAAGUGAAAUCUAUUAUUGAAUCUCAAGGAUCUUUCAAGAUCGAUCGCCUUGAGACUUCGGAGAUCCACUGGAAUGCAUAUGAAGAUGAAGUGUUUAAGGAUGAUAGAUUUAAAGACGGUGGAUAUAACGUUGCAAAAUGCAUGAGAGCUGUGGCUGAACCGUUGCUUGUUGGUCAUUUUGGUGAAGAGAAAAUGGAGGAGGUUUUCUUGAGGUACAAGGCAAUACUAACCGAUCGCAUGUCCAAAGAGAAGACUCACUUCAUCAAUGUGACGGCCUCUUUGAUAAAAAGGAUUUGA